GAUUCAAGUACCGACAGACUUCAGCUGUGUUAGCAUGAGUUAGUUACUACUCCUACACCUCUACGCACCACAUUUCUGGACUGUUCAGACACGGAUGAGAUAGCCAAAUCAGUACUGUGAAGUGUGCAGGUUGGAUCUCUGAGAUCUGCUGCUGCUCCUCUCUCCUCCUCGCUCUGUUCACAUCAACAUGGCCAGCGGGGAUGAUGACGACCCCAUCAUAGAAGAGAUUGAUGUGUACCUUGCCAAAAGCCUUGCAGAUAAGCUGUAUCUUUUACAGUACCCUGUCAGACCAUCCACAAUGACCUAUGAUGACGUCAAUCACUUAGCAGCUAAGAUCAAACCCAAGCAGCAAAGGGUGGAGUUGGAAAUGGCCAUCAACACAUUAAGUCCAAACUACUGCCGCAGCAAAGGAGAGCAGAUAGCUCUGAACGUGGACGGCACGACUUACGACGAAACCAGCACCUACGCAGCGAAAAUGAUGGAUAAACAGACCUUUUCCUCCAUCCAGGCCACCACCAACACCUCCAGAUAUGCCGCUGCUGUGUUUCGCAAAGGUGAGCUUCACGUCACGCCUCUGACGGGAAUCCUCCAGAUGAGACCCAGCUUCUCUUACCUGGACAAGGCUGACAACAAAACCAGAGAGAGGGAGGCGGCCAACGAAGGUGGAGAUUCCUCCCAGGAUGAAGCUGAGGAGGACGCGAAGGCCAUCACGGUGAGGUUUGCUCGUCCAGAGUCGGAGCAGGCCCGGCAGAGGAGGAUCCAGUCGUACGAGUUCCUCCAGAAGAAGCAGGCGGAGGAGCCCUGGAUUAACCUGCACUACCACAGUGUUAGGGAUGGACGCUCAGAGCAUGAAAGGCAGUACCUGUUCUGCCAGUCAGGGGAUGCCUCAGAGAACUCUGAACUGGUAAAAACCCCUAAAGAGUACCUGGCAAUGCUGAUGCCCCCUCUCGCAGAGGAAAAAGUUGUGAAGCCUGUCGGUCCCAGCAAUGUGCUCUCCAUGGCUCAGCUCCGCACUCUGCCACUGGGAGACCAAGUCAAGACCCUGAUGAAGAACGUCAAGGUGAUGCCGUUUGCUAACCUCAUGGGCCUGCUCGCCUCUGGCACAGACUCAACCUCAGCCCUGCGCUGCAUCCAGCAGGUGGCGCUGCUGGUUCAGGGGAACUGGGUCGUGAAGAGUGAUGUUCUGUAUCCUAAAAACACCUGCAGUCCUCACAGUGGUGUCCCCGCUGAAGUGCUCUGUCGUGGCAGAGACUUCGUGAUGUGGAGGUUCACGCUGGAGCGCUCAGUGAUGAGAAAGGAGAUUGCAUCCAUCAUCAAACUUCCUCCAGAGGAUGUGAAGGAGUUCCUGGAGCAUGUGGCAGCUCCCCGAGUCAACCGGGGCUGGGAGUUCCUGUUGCCUACUGAUGUAGACUUCAUCAAGAAACACCCAGAUGUUGCCCACAGGCAACACAUGCUGUGGCUCGGCAUCCAGAGCAAGUUGGAAAAGGUCUUUAACUUCUCUAAAGAAGACUUCAUGCCAAAGAAUUCCCCUCAGCCUGAGUCGGUCCAUGUCAGCGGCGAGCAGCGUCUCAAGAAGGCCCAGGAGCGUGCGCAGGAAAACCAGGCGUCCCUACAGAAGGACCUGGACGCCAGGCGGGCAGGAAGCAGGGUGCACGUCAAACAGGAACCCGUCAGCGACAGGGAAGACGAGCCUAUGGACACCUCCCCUUACCCGUCCUCCUCCUCCAUCCCCAACGGUUCUGUGAACGGUUACCCCGGCGCCACCUCCCCCGGCUUCGAUCACACUAACGGUAACGGGAGUCCCGCCAACACGUCGGCCCUGGAGCUGCAGGACUUUGUGCUAAAGACUUUCAGGAAGCAUUUUGUAGUGACGCUGAACGAGUUCAAGAGGCUGUUUAACCUCCACCUGGCUUCCAUGCCGGCGGGACGGAGCGUCUUCCACUCUGUGUCGGACCACAUGCUACAGGACGCCAUACUGCUCAGCCACUGCAAACAGAUAAUGGUGCCUUUUCCUGCUCAGAGCACAGCAGCCCCCGACGAACAGAAGGUGUUUGGUCUGUGGGAGACCGGAGAGGAAUUCGACAAGCACCGUCGGCUGCUGUAUGAGCUGUUCACGAAGAACUACCGGAUCAGGAGGAACAUGAUACAAGCCAGACUGGCACAGGAGUUCGGCGACGCCUCGAAGGCCGACAUUGACCGCCUGCUGCAUGAGUGCUGCAGCAGCCACGCAGGGAUGUGGUACCUCAAAGGAACCAUCCAGUCCUGACCCUGAGAGCCUGCCCCCUGCGGUCGCCGUCAGCCAAUCAGAUCCUCUCCCAGGUGUCCGGCGGGAGGGCAGUCAGACAGAUGAGAGCCAAUCACAGCUCGCCCAGCUCUGAGGGCAGGCGAUCGGAGAACAAAGAUGUCAGCCGUCUGCUCUGCUCAGAACACGAAGCUUUUCUUGUUUCAUCCGAAGCAUUUUUGACAUUAACGCGAGCGCUCUGAUGCAGCACGGAGGAUCGAAACUCCCACAUUCUCACACUAAGAGUGUCUGAGCGGGAAAGUAUGAUUAUUAAAAAAUCAAGAGAUAUAUACAGUUUCAGUUUUGUUUUCAUUGGUUGGUUACUUUGUUCAAUAAACAUUGUAA